GAAGAAGAAGAAGAGAGGAAGAAGGCUCCUCAAAUCCUGACCAAAGGCUGAAACGCAUUGCCAGUCGGUGGCUACGUGCUCUCGGAGGGACGACACAAUGGAGUUUCUUUGCCACACUUCACUAAAGCAGCAGCAGCUUCUCUGUUCACUCUGCACCGCUCUCCUCCUCCUCCUCACCACCACAGUCACAUCUGCAGACGAAGGCGCCAGUGCGAGAAACUCCCAGUGUCACAACUACGCGGGAGGACACGUCUAUCCUGGAGAGGCUUUCCGCGUUCCUGUGUCUGACCAUUCCCUGCACCUCAGCAAAGCCAAGAUUUCAAAGCCUUCGCCACACUGGGAAGGAACAGCUGUGAUCAACGGUGAAUUCAAGGAGCUGAAGCUGUCGGACUACAAAGGCAAAUACCUCGUCUUCUUCUUCUAUCCCCUGGACUUCACAUUUGUCUGCCCUACUGAGAUCAUCGCAUUCAGCGAUCGUGUUCAUGAGUUCCACGCCAUCAAUACAGAGGUGGUCGCCUGCUCAGUGGACUCCCAGUUCACCCACCUGGCCUGGAUCAAUACGCCCAGGAAGCAGGGUGGACUUGGAGAAAUGAAAAUCCCUCUGUUGUCUGACCUCACUCAUCAGAUUUCAAAAGACUAUGGAGUCUACCUGGAGGACCAGGGACACACACUGAGGGGUCUCUUCAUCAUCGACGGCAAAGGCAUCCUGAGGCAGAUCACCAUGAACGAUCUCCCAGUAGGAAGAUCUGUGGAUGAGACUCUGCGGCUGGUCCAGGCCUUCCAGUACACUGACAAGCACGGAGAAGUGUGUCCAGCAGGAUGGAAACCAGGCAGCGACACGAUCAUUCCCGAUCCUUCAGGCAAGCUGAAGUAUUUUGAUAAACUCAACUGAUCUGCCUUUUUGUUUUCCCAGUCUUUGAAAUCCACCACUUACUGAAAGUACAAAUAAAAUGUGUUUUCAUAAAA